GCUUCCUGGAUCAGUGCUUUCAGGGGUGCACACUCUCUCCUCACAGUUAAAGCACAAGCAGCAGCUGAAAGAGCUUCGUUGGAGAAAACCCAGGAACUCUUCAGUGGGUUGAAGGGAAGGGUCUUGCAGGAACCUGCACCCAGAACCUCUUGAACCAGCAUGGCCGGCCUUCAGGACAACACUUUGCGGAUUGUUCUGGUGGGAAGAACCGGAAGUGGGAAAAGUGCGACAGGAAACACCAUUCUCGGGAAAAGAGCAUUUGAUUCUAGAAUUGCUUCCGGGUCUGUUACCAAGAGCUGUCAGAGAGAAGAGAGGGCCUUGGAGGGGAGGAAGCUUCUCGUGGUGGACACCCCAGGGCUCUUUGACACCAAGGAGACACUGGAGACCACCUGUGAGGAAAUUGCUAAAUGUGUCCUCUUCUCCAGCCCUUGGCCUCACGCCAUCAUCCUGGUUGUACGGCUGGACCGCUUCACAGAGGAGGAGCACAACACAGUUGAACUGAUUAAAGCCAUCUUUGGGAAGCUAGCCGUGAAGCACAUGAUGGUCUUGUUCACUCGCAAAGAUGAAUUACAAGGUCAAGAGCUCAGUUUGUUUAUAGCAAAGUCAGACAAAUGCCUAAAAACCAUCAUCCAGGAGUGUGGGUUACGCUACUGUGCCUUCAACAACAACAGAAAUGCAGACGAGGCUGAGAAGGAAGCCCAAGUGCAGGAGCUGGUGGAGCUGAUCGAGGCAAUGGUGCAGGAGAACGGAGGGGCUCACUUUUCUGAUUCCAUGUAUGAGGACACAGCAGAAAAGCAGAGACGUCUGGAAAAGGCCUUGGAGAAAAUCUCUGAUACUUAUUCAGAAAAUAAAAAAGAACUGGAAGAGAAAUUUGCUAAGAAUGAAAUAACAAAGCAAGAAAAGGAGAAACAAAUGAAAGUCCUAAAUGAGCAACAUGUUCAACAAAUUGAAAAUGCCAAGAAAGAAGCUGAAAAAAACACAUUUGUAGCUGUUUUCAAUCGGAUUUGGAGUGUGCUUUCAAUUGUGUGGCAUCAGUUUUGGAAAUAAUGCAAAUUCAUUUUAUUUUUUUUUAAUUUACUGUGAUUUGUCAAUGUGGUAGAUUGUAUUUUCCAAAGAAGGCUAUAACGAUAUCCGCUACCCCAGCUCUGCUUCUUGUACUCUGCGCUGUUGCUCUUUCUGUUGGGUGAUGGGGACUGUGUCCCCUCCUUGAAAUUCCAUGGACUCUGUGACUGCUUUGAUGAGUAGUGGCUGGUCUGACUUCUAAAGUUAGACGGGGACAGUGUUGCCUUGCUCUCUGGGGUACCUGCCCUCAGAACGUGGCCCCCGUGCUGUGAGAAGCCCACGUUGCCCAUUGAGAGGCCUCAGGAAGAGGACUGGAAUCCAGGCUCUGUCUUCUGCCUGCUCUUCAUCUCCCAGUGAGACCACGUGCCAGCUGUGCAAGUGUGGCCACAGGGCGGUGGGCUCUCUAGUUACCAUUGGAGCCGCCUCAGGGGAAGCUGCAGAGAGCAAAGCUGGGCCAUCCCCACCAUGUCCCGCCCAGUUUGCAGAUUCAUGAGAAAAAUGAAUGAUGCUGUUUCAAACCACUAAGCUUUGGGCUGGUCUGUUGUGCAGCAACAGCUCCCCAGAGCAUCCUCCCAGCUCAUCCCCACCCAUCCCCACAGUGCCAAUGCAUUUAGGAAGUGACAAAAUGGGCCCUGGCUGGUGUGGCUCUGUGGAUUGAGUGUGGGCUGCGAACCAAAGAGUCCCCAGUUUGAUUCCCAGUCAGGGCACAUGCAUGGGUUGCAGGCCAGGUCCCCAGUAUGGGGCUCUGGAGAGGCAACCACACAUUGAUGUUUGUCCCUGCUCUCUUUUUCUGUGCCUUCCCUUCUCUAUAAAAAUAAAUAAAUAAAUAAAAUCUUAAAAAAAAAGAAGUGACAAAAUGGGCAUAAUCAGGCCAUAAUACAUUAUAUAGAGGUCAAAAACUCAAUUUAGGAAAAUCAAAUAAAAAAUUCUGCACAUGCCACAUGUUAGCCCUCUCGUGAUGCACAUUUUUUUCGUCCAUGUCUAUGACCCGGCGGUCAGUGAAGCAGCAGGUCUCUCCAGCACGAUGGUCUGUGGUCCACAGAGGUCCAGGAGGUGCUAAAUCCUUCUUGUUUUUCUUUCUUUUCUUGUUUCCUACAUGAGGUACCAUCCUCAUGUAUAAUGUCCCUCACUGUACCUUAAAUAUAUCUUCUGGGGCAAAUAGUUUUCCUUUGCCUCUGUAGAUCCACACUUUGCCCCCCUCACCCUAGCUCUGUGCCCCAGGAGGCUGACCUACGUGGGUCACAUUGUUAAUGAACUCAAGGGGUUCGCCCUUGGGGUGCUCUGCUCAAGGACAAGACAUGGUUCUCACAAGGUAGAUUUAUUUACUUGCAGCCAGUGAAGAACAUGCAGGGAUUCAUAUCCAAAGUUCACUCUCUGGGAAGGGAGGCGGAGCCAGUGCUCACGUGCGCUCACUGGUCAGUGCCACAUCGGCUUCCUCUUUGCAGUUGGCUGCACUUACCUGGGGGGGCUCCUGCCAAGCGCGUCCUGCUUACAGCUGGUCUGCAGACACUGCACUGCUGUGACAUGUGGCGAGAACAGCGCUGAGUGAGAGGGGCCCUGACCUGAGGCCCCCGUCCUGUCUGUCCACGUCAGCGGGCUCCCUGGGUCUCUGAGUCUUGCUGGGCUCCUGCCAGUGGGAAGUCCGAGCAAGAGGCCUCUUCCGGGUAGAAAAGUGAGGCCGGGGUAUUUGUUCUCCUCCCUCUGUCCCUGCAAGGUCAUCUCUGACCUGCUGCAACCUGAAGCUGAAUGUCACACCUCCUGUACCGAAUCCCCCUUUCUGGAUUCCAGCUCUCUUUCACCCCCUUAGGGUUAGGGUGUCGUUUCUUACUCUUACUAACAGUGUCUCUUGUCUCUUGAAUACCCUGUACCCACCUCUUAUAGGAAACUUUUUCUUCCAUUCUCGUGUUCCUGUGGCUGAACACAGGAACUCCACACUGGGAGCUGUGAACCCCAGUGUGUCUGUUACUCUGGGGAGGUCAUAGGGAGGACGUGACCUCUACUUGGCCUAAAAGCUGGACCUAGGCUUCCCCACCCAUGCCAGCCCAUCCUUGGAAUGUGUGUUCAGCUCACUGGGUCCCUUCCAGUGUUGUCACAGCAGCUGAGGGGUCUGUAUACACUCUUCAGACCUGGCAGGCAGGUGCACCAAAUAUUUGUCUUGGGGACCACCCACGACCAGCCUUGUAAGUAGGUUCCCAGGCUCAUUAAACUGCCACCUCCCCAUGGACAGUGAUCUACGGCUGUCUCUCCAGGCUCCAUAUGAGGGCUGGUGUCAGACUUACUCCCAGGAGGUGAAUUGCCAAUGUGUGCUGAUAAAGGAGCAGUCUUGUCUGUGGUUAGAGACAAAGGUGAAAAAUGGGGUGCCUAAAGCAACUGUUCUCAGAAGUAUCUUUAGAAGUAUCUUUAUGUUCCAAAAUUCUCCUUAAUUUUUUUCAUUUCUUUGUGUCCUCUUCAAUUUCACUUAGUAAUGACUUGUAGUUUUCAGUGUAUAAGUCCCUCACAUGCUUUUGAUGUUUAUUCCUAGGUGUUCUAUACUGUUUCUGCAAUAGCAAAAGGAAUUGGUGUUUUAAAAUAUUUUUUUCUGAAAUUUCAUUGUUGGUUUGUAGGAACACAAUAA